AUGGCCUUGGAACGAACAAACUCUCUCGCAGCUGCAACAAACGGAGCAGACUCUGGAUCAGAUUGUCUUGGUCCUCUCAAGAAAGCCAAUUGCACAGUGGUCUCCGUAUCGUCCUUCAGUCUGAUCACAAGGGUGUCCGCAGAGAUCACUCUGGCGACCGUUCCGUUGAAACUCUUGCUAGUUGCGUCCGAGUUGAACUCUUCGUUUUUCCACAAGUUCUUCUUUGCUGUCUUGGCAAGACGCUCGCACUUUCUCAGCUCGGACAUUUCGUUGGCACCAACCAAGCUAGAUUGCCAGUCGCAGACCUCCGCCAGACCGUCCUCGAGGAUCUUCUUGGAAAUGUUUCCAGCAGGGUGGAUGACCUCUGCCACCGAAAUUCCCGUGGAAGACUCGCCCAAAAUGCUGAUCUUGACAUUGCGAGCCAAUAAUCUGGUUUCCACAUAG